CCUUGCCUGGCCGUGUGUCCCUCACAGUGUCCACACCGUCAGGCCAAAGUUGCACCAUUGCAGCAUUGGCAUCUGGGCGUGUGGAUCAAUUGCAUGUAGCCAUUGAGAGAGCGCUGAAGAUCCCCAGAGUUGUACAGAGACUGAUCUGUGAAGGCAGGGAGAUUUACAGCAAGCACUACUUGGCCGAACUUCGGCUCGAGGAUGGAAGCAUUAUCACUGUCGUGAACGGGUUGGCCACAGAAGCCAGAGGAAAUUGUGGAAAAGUUGAAGCUGGCAGAAUCCACAACAGCAACACAUGCUCUUGCAGCAGCAGUAGCACAGUGCUUGGAGCACGAGGACAGCUCAGUGAAAGUUGCUGCACUAAGCCAGCUCUCAUGGAUGGGCCGAGUUGCUGCCCCUCAUGCUGCUGCAAUUGCGAAAAUCUUACAGAAUGAGGAGCGGGGAAUUCGUGCAGCAGCUGCUGAGGCACUUUCGUGGUUAGAAGAGGCAGGUGCGGCUUAUGCUGCUGACAUUUUGGCAUUUACAUGCCUGCCACUCGGGCGCUUUGGGCAUGUUUCCAUCAUGUCAAGGGCGAAGAAGGCCAUAGCGGCUUUCUUUAUGUCGGAAUUGCCUAGCACCCGCCUGACUGCGAUGAAAUCCAUCAUCGGAUUGCUGGAGGACAAAGACAACCCAGCAACUCCCCCAGAAGAGCUUCAGCGCAACCGCUUUAGUUUGCCCUUGAUUUGUGAAGCGUUUUUCGAUCCAUCUGCGGAUAUCCGAAAGACCGCUGCUUCGUUCUUGGUGAGUCGUAUCCCCGUAUUCUCAGCUGAAGAUGGAAGCCAGCCCGUAUUAGUUUUGAGGGACGAAUUGAUUCUCCAAUUCCUCAGUUUUGGUGAGCGCAUCAAUUUGGAAGCAGAGCUGGCAGAAGAUGCCGGCAUUGUAGAGGCUUGUAGGGACAUUGCCAGAAAGUUGGACGCCUCCUGGCCGAAAUGGGCCGGAUGGCAGGAAGGUCUGGAUGAUCCGGACUCUUCAGUUGAAGCUGCAACGUGCGAAGUGUCAGUGUCGAUGGUGCAGUUCUUGCGGCGGAGGUUCUGUGAAUGGCAACAUCUUCAGACCCAGGACGGACGGCCUGCACGUUUCCAGCUAGAGGCGGUCUUUGACUUGCUUCACCCUAUGGUGGAAGACGGGUUGCGCAGCCGCAAGUGGCAGGUGCGUCAAGCAGCGGUGGAAAGUCUCAUCUCUCUUGAGCCCUUUGGAGUUAAUGCAUUGGUUGCACUGAUUCUUGCCCAGCAGAAGGAAAAAGAGAAGCAAGUCUUGGAAACGAUGGCCAGGUUCUUUGCCAAAUACGGCUGUGACUAUGAAAACAACCAACAGUUGUUCUACUAUUUUGAUCAUUUUGAUUGCUGGUGCUCAGAUGAGUCUGAUGGAGACUAUGCGGAGUACCUGGAAGAGGAAGAAGAGUGGCAGCUGCGGGACAAGAACGGGGGAUAUUCAAAGUCGCAUCUCAGCCGCAGUGCGAGGCACAAUAAAAAGCAUGGGGCGGAUUCCUCACGAGAUCCUGGAACCGAUGCACGGCAAAAGAGGUGGCAGAGGCUAACCAAGCCAGAAGAGACUCAGAACUUCGCCGAAUCCAAACGCAAGAGCUCAAGAGACAAAGAGCGGGACCGGCGGCUAAAGUCUGCGAUGCUGGGACAAGAGCUCUCGAAAUUUGCCAUGGACCAUGCCUGAAGUGCCUGAAGGGCAUUGACGGCUGUGAUUGUUGCUAGCUGUUAUCCGAUCUAUCCUUCACAUGGGGGCCAGAUUGGCCAAUCUACCAUUGAUAUCAUUGAUAUAUAUAUAUUGAUAUCUAUUGAUCGCUUGUACAGUCAAUGCCUUAGAG